AUGUCAGAGCGGGCACCGCUAGCCGUUGCACCGAGCGGUGUGGCGCGUAACCGACGACCUACAAGUGAAAUGACACAGAUCGAGCAGCUACACUCAGUGUCACCAGUGAGAAGUCGAUGCAAUUCUGAUGCGCUUCAAAGUCAGUUCCUCGGGGAGUACGAGUCAAGGCGCUCGAUGUCAAGAUCGGAUGCUGCUUCAAUCACUAAAUCCUUCAUCGUUAAUACGAGAACUCGUACCGAUUACUUGCUAUUAGAUCCAUUCUACAGAGAAAACAAGUCAUUGUUGUUUGUCAAUGAGCAGUGGAAUAGCGACAUCGAUGCUGGGCCAGAAAUUCUUAGGAGUUAA